CGUGUCAUCAUUUUUACAGGCAGUGGCAGUACAAAGAUCCGAGGUGUACGUAAAUGCAUCACUCGUUGGUUCUGAGUGAAGCAGACGGUGAAUAUCGGGACGGGGUCAACUGACAGCAAAUUUCAGCAUGGAGACCCUCCCAGAGGCAGCAGCAACGACUGACCCACCAGCUCGCACCUUUUCUCAGGUGGUGUUCAUCAACAUCCCGCACGUAUACCCGCCUUCCAGCCCUAUCAACUGCCGCUUUACCCUAAAUGCUGCCUUCCAGCCACAUCCCAGGGACUGGGUGGGGAUCUUCAAGGUGGGGUGGAGCUCGACAAAGGAGUAUCACACGUUUGUGUGGGUGGAAGCAAUUCAUAACGCCCAGGGACCACAGACUGAGACAAGACAAGCUGUGUUUAAAGAGUACUACCUGCCUAAAGACGAGGCCGAGUUCUACCAGUUCUGCUACAUUGACAACACCGGGCAGGUGCGAGGAGCCAGCACUCCUUUCUGUUUCAAGAAUCCAUCAGAACAAAACACAGAGAGCAUCGCGGAUGAUGACCUGCUGGUUAUCACGACACAGGAGCAAGUUGAACAGAGUCAACGUGAGAAAGCAGAGCUACAGAAACAGCUGGAUCUGAUGAGAGCAGAAAACGAAACCUUAAAAAGGGCUCUUCAGAUGAAUCAGAAGGAUAUCGACAGCUUUAAGGAGCAGAAUGAGCAGAGAGAGGCAGAAAAGGCUCAACUGGUCAAAGAAAUGGACCAGAUGAGGGAACACAAUGAAAAGCUCAAGCACACGUUGCAGCUGCAGAUGAAGGAGAACGACCAUUUAAAGGAGGAGAUUUUGAUCCAGAGGACCAAGCAGAUGGAAAUACAGAAACAAAACUCUACAGAGCAGGAAGAAGCGAGUCAAAGCUUUAUGUCAUCAAGAAGUACUGUGGAGAAAUAUGAUCGCGCUGUGAUGAAGAUCAAUCAGAUGAAAGAAGAUCGCGAGGAACUGAAAGGGAAGAUCGAGGCACAAAGCGAUGAGAUUGCCAAGCUGAAAGCUAAACUCAGAGAAGCAGAACGGGAGUUGUCAAAAACAUUGGACAGCUUCCAGCUUCUGCAGGUUGAUCUUCAGAGCACCAACAAAGAGAAUCAACGACUUUCUGUAGAACUGCAAAGGCUGCAAAGCCUCAAAGGCAACAUGGAUGAAAUGACAAGGAAGAACCAGGAGUUGUGUAGGAGACUUGCACAACAAGACUUGCAGAAGACUCCACAGGAUGACCUCAGGGUGCAGUGUCAGACUCUCUCCAAGGAGCUGCAAGAUGCACAGGCGAAGCUGGAGGCUGAGAUGGAGGCGAUGAGGACCAUCAAAAGACAAGCUGAGUAUUCGGAAAGUGAGCUGCAAGAUGUCAAGGAGCAUCUGAAGAAUUUGGCCAAAACCUGUGAGAAGGAGCAGCGCACAAACAGCAAAUAUGAGAUGCAACUCAGGGACAUGAAUGAAAUGUUGGCAGAUAAGGAAAUCUCCAUUCAAGCCAAAGAACAAGAGAUUAUGCUGAUCAAACAGGAGAAAAAUGACGUCACCCAAGAAAACCUGGAACUCAAAGGUGACAUUGAGAGGCUUCGCUCAGUGUACACAAACAUGGGCCCACCUGCAGCUGAAGAGCAAUUGUACUUGCAGCCAGACAACACUGUAGCAGGCGUCGACGCUCCAGCCAGCCGUGACCAGGAGGACAGACCGGGUCAGCCUGAGAACAUAUACGAGACCAUAGAUGGCUUGCUAGUACCACAAGAGGAGCCGCUGUUGAUGUGUCGCCACUGCCGGGAGAGCUUUCCCAGCAUAACCCAGCAGGAGCUGGAGCAGCACGAACAGAGUCACCGAGUGUGUCCGUUCUGCACGAUGAUCUGCGACAACAUGGAGCAGUCCGUGUUUGAAGAUCACGUCUACGGCCACGAGCUGUGAGAGCUGCAUCAUGAGUGUGCUUUGAAUGGGUCUUAGUGGUGGAAAAUGACUUUAGGGGGGAUUUACUGCAAAAGCGUCCAUUGUCAAGACCUGAAACCUGCAAAAAUAAUAAGCAAAACAAAUCUUAUAUAUAUAUAUAUAUAUAUAUAUAUAUAUAUACAUAUCUAUAGAAUUUCCUCCAUGAUUUACCUCCCAUUUUGACAUCCUAUGCCAUUUAUUUCUGCUUUCCGUGGAACUUUAUUUUAAUUUUAUGACUUGUGUCUUUGAGGGAAGUUGUAGACUUUUUGGUGGAACAUAAAAUAAGUAAUUUAAUGAAAAUAAGAAACAUAAAAUGGAGAAAACAAAUCAAUCAUAAAUGCACAGAAAAUGCCCUAGAAGUAAUCUUAAUAAAUACAAAGUAAUACAUUUCUAAUCAUAGAUGUAUAAUUAUACAUGUAAUGACUAAAACAGUUAAAAACCACAGAGAGAACCCAGAAAGAUUUAAAGGAAAAGCAACUGGCUGAUAUGGCCCUGUUUUUCUGUUUCUUCAUCCAUAUUGUAAUAUCUAAUAUAAUGAGCAGAUUAUUUUUGUAUGCAGGAUAUAGGUGGAUUAUUAUUAUUUUGUGUGUGGGAGUUCAGAUUUAUUAUAUUAAAAAAAUAACUCAAAGCUACUCUAUUGUAUUUUUGAACCCAUUGAGACCCAAGGCUCAGUUCAUAUAUUUGUUUUGUUUUAAUGUUUUUUAUUUUAGUAAGUUAUUUUUUUCUUUUGAAGUCAUUGCCAACAAUGUACCACAGACGGUGAUGUAAAACAAUGUCACAGCACUAAAAAGGUAUUUGUUGAUCUAACCAAUCAUAUAGAUAAUUGUAUUUCAUUCUUUUUUCUUAUCUUGUGAUGAUGGCAAGCCUACAACUACUAAUUCAGAUGUAAAUGAUUGAAGCACAUGAAGAAAACUAGCUGUUGGUGUUCUGAUACAUAACUUUACAUAAGAAUUUAGAACAUCUGUUAAAUUUAAAAGUAAAAGUGAUUGAAAUAUCUGUUAAACCUCCGUAAAACUAACACAUUUGCUUUCAGUGAUUAAAGUCAGUAUAAAAACUGUUGUCUAAUUGUUGGAAGUGACUCAAAAAGAGUUGUGUUUCUGGUUAGGAGUACCUGAAAUUUACAGAGAAGUUGGCCAAACGUACAUUGUUUUGUCUUAAAUAUCACUAAAGUUUAUCUAUAGAAACUAAAUGUGUUAUUCAGUGGAGCCAUUAAGAACCUAAAGUGCUUGUUUGACCUCUGUCUUGCAUGAAAAAAAAUACAGUUAAAAAAAACAGCCAGAGUCUUACCAAUGUCAUGCUGAAAAACCUGAGGAACUCUAUGGGAGAAAAGGUUACAGCUUAGCAUUACCAAACCCGUCUAUAAAUAGCUGUUUAAGCAGCAUUUAGAAGUUAUUUUAAGCAAAGCUUCAUACUUUUGACAUUGUAAAGGAAAUCCUAGUCUGCAUUUCACUGGAACGUUGGUUGUGCUGCAUAAUAAAAGCUCAUACAACAAA